AUUGGGCUCGCUCGUGAUUUGGAUAGCGUCUAGUUCUAGUCUCUGUGGUAUGUCCAUCACAUUGCCUACUGCGCCGCCGCAUGCAUCCUGGUUCUUCCUCAUAUUCGACAGCGCCAAAAGGUCCUCUUCGCCGGGGCCCGUUUCCGGCCAAACGACAUCACUGAUGCCAGGUUGCUAGAGCUUGCUGAGAAGCCCAUCAAAAUGCUCACCGAAGACACGAACCAGCAUUCCUCGGGUCGCAAGUGGGCCGUGAUCCUGCAGAAGCUGAGAGCCGAGACCGAGCGGCAGGUCACCGUAGUUCGAGAAGGGAGCCUUGCGGCCAUGGUUGGCGGUGAACAAGUCGUCAUCAACAGUGACGACGACGACGACGACGACGACGACGACGACGACGACGAGAGCGGCGACGAGGACGAGUCGCCCAACGCACAGCUAAUGGGGGAUGCGCUACGGGCCCAUUGGGAGGUGGCUGCCAACGCUCCUCUCCGUCCACCUCCGCCUCCACCUCCACCUCAACAUUCACGGUCGCACACACAUGCCCCGGCAGCCGCCACGGCAGGUAAUACCCCGGCCGACAAGGCCGACAAAGAACGCAUCCAGCCAGUCCUCGUAGCCGGCCUGUGGGACAAGUGGAUACUCACCGACUGGAUUGACCUUGAUUCUGCGGUAGGUGCCACGUCUUUGCUUUCUCAGCUGGAGCUAACCUUGUGUGUCUGGCAGGCGUUUGGGCCAAUAUCCGAUUUCGAGCACAUCCCCGUUGCCCCCCUUCCUAAUCACCAGUUCACAACUUCACUUCAGAUACACAUAACACAGGCUCUUGACUGAUAAUACUUCUAAUCCCGCCCAGACAUUUACUCCCGACAUAUGGCACAGGCUCUUCACUGAUAAUACUUCUAAUCCCGCCCAGACAUUUACUCCCGACAUCUAGCCCGACAAAUAUCCAUACCCAAUCGUACACAUCACCUCUGCCGGCCUUGGUCGAACAGUAAUCUCCAUCUCACGAUAAACCCGAU